AGGUUAGGUCGGACAACUACAUGGCGUACAAUCGGCCCUUUGCGCUGGCCGCCUGGUUCGAGAAGACGCGCCCGAAGGAGGCCUAUGUCAUGUAUGUGGACCCCGACAUGAUCUUUGUGCAGCCGCUGCUCUACCACCUGCCCAGCUCCGACGUGCGCGCCACGGAGGGGCACCCGGUGGCGCAGCACUACUCGUACAUCACUGCCAACGCAGGGGCGACCGACCCCGGGUGGCACGACUUCGCCGUCCCGGAGCUGUGCGGCCCAGACUGCCGAAGCCUCGCCGACGCGCAGACGAGGGGCCUAACGAGCGGAGCUUUGCGGUGGGGUCCCCCAUCGUCAUGCACAGCAGCGAUUGGGCCAAGCUGCUCCCAGCCUGGACCAACUACACGGUCUUCGUCCGCAGCCGCGGUGGUGUCGCUCUCCGUGCUCCUAAGCUGGCUCUGCCCCCUCGGCUGCUCGCUGGCCACGUGCACGAGGCCACGUGGAUCAAGAAGGG